CAACACACACACACACACACACUGUGUGAAGGGGACUUGGUGACAAGCUUGCCCAAACUAAUCACUGUGGAUAAAAGCGCUUUUAGAAUCUCUUCUGUCACUUUAAGACAAACUGCUCGGUCCCUGGGCUGUGUCUUGCCCGGACAGCCCUGAGAGAGAGAGAGAGAGAGAGAGAGAGAGAGAGAGAGAGAGUGUGUGUGUGUUUGUGCACGCACCCCUGUCUGUGUGUGUGAGAGCACUGAGUAUGGGUUACGGCAGGAGAAUAAAAGCUAGCAGCGUCCCUUUAUUAGCAUUCGAGUCCGGUCGCCUCGCUGUCCUUGUCUCCCGCUGCCAGCAGCUCUGAAACAAACAGCCUUAUGCAACUAGCCAGGCCUCGGCUCACUGACAGGAAUCCUAAACAGCACAACACCAUGAAGAAACAGAACUACUGAUAGAUAAAAUCGACCUGCGCAGAACACCGGCUUUUUACAGAUCCAGCUUCCAGAACCACUGAGACUAUAUUUUCAGAUCUUUUUGUCUUCUCAUCAUUCUUGGGUCUUUUUGUGAGUCGCUCAUAUCCCAGAUACAGAUUCGACCUUCCACCUCUGAAACGAAAGUGUCUUCAGGAUACAAAAGACACUUGAAACAGCACUGCAUUCCAUAGAAAGAGACAAAAACAGGAGUGUUCCACAAGAGUUCCACCACUUCCAAUCCAGAGUGUUCUAACCUGAGCAGAGGUCGUCUCAGUGCCUGAAGGAUGCUGAACCUAAACUCCCCGGACAGCAACACUAACAGCAACAGUAACUCCCUGUCGGACCCCGUGUCUCUCAACGUUGGCGGGGAGAUCUACACCACGACCCUGGACACUCUGACACGCUACCAAGACUCCAUGCUGGGGGCUAUGUUCACCGGACAGAUCUCCACGCUCCGGGACAAACGGGGAAAUGUGUUCAUCGACCGCGAUGGGAAAGUUUUCCGCUAUAUCCUGAACUUCCUGCGUUCCAGCUCCCUGGAUCUGCCGGAGGGGUUCUCUGAGAUGAGGCUGCUGAGGAGGGAGGCAGAUUUCUUCCAGAUACGCCCCCUACUGGAUGAGAUACGGCGGCGCGUCGAGGCCGGACCGCUCAGCCUGAGAGACGCACCCAGAGGAGCCAUGCUGCUGGUGGAUGUGGACUGCCAGGUGCGUGUGCUACACUUCAACCUACGCCGUGCUCCCGAGAACUAUGAACUCCGCACAUGCUCAGUGCGCAUCCUCACCGCCGAAAUCUUCUGUACCUGGCGUGCCUUUCUGGUUCUCCUCUGUGAGCGUUUCUCCUACCGUACCACCCAGGGUCCUACCUCCCCCCUCCCCAGUGACCAGCGCCACAACCGGCUCAAACUGGAGUGGGUUCCCCGGCCAGACGAACUUCCCCAGGACCAGUAUGAGAAACAGCAGUACCGAGGACUCGUCGUCUCGGACUCUUGGGCCACACAGACCCACUCUGGGGACCUCUGUGAUGUCAUCAUCCCGCGCCGCAGCCCCUGUGAGGUCAAAGACAUGCGCGGGUUUGUGGAGGAGCUGCUGACGAUGUCUCUGGCGGAGGGUUUUAGGGUCGACUCAGUGACCCCUGACCCCAUGAACAUUUUGAACUGCCGUACUCUACAGCUUGUACGGUAGUGAUAUAGCUCAUUCCAGCUCACCACUGAACCACCAGUCAUAGACUUACUAAAAUAACAAAGGUCACCCUAUAUUGUUUCCAAUCUACUGAAAAUUACUGCUUAUGAAUGGUCUAUAACUAACAGACUUUACUAACAUUGGAAAGGUCGAUCUAUGAUGUUUACAAUCCUCUCUUUGAUGUGAAGCUGAGACUGAUCCUGCCAUCUGAACCCUCUAACGAACUCUGACCUCAGUAGCCCUGCUGUGGAGUCUGUUCUAAACUGUAGGGUAGGCCUUCAUCUGGUUUUACAGAAUAGACCCUGUCCCCAACAAUAAGGAAUGGUUGUCUGCUCAUCCUGUUGAUGAUCAGUGCAUUUCUUAAAGAGAGAGACGGAGACAGGGUGUGUUAGAGUUUGUGGAUUGUCUGUGAGAGAGUGUGCUGCGUUGGUAGGAGGGGUGAUCCGACCGUUCCACAGAGCGGGUAUGAGUACAUUUGUUGGUACUGUUUUGUAAAACAGUGUAAUAAACUGAUCCGUCUGUAGAUAUGUUUUCAGCUCAUCAAUAUAAUAAACACUACUAAAUGAAAAGGUAUUUCUCCCUGAACCCCCUAUCAGUCAGACUGGUUCAAGUUCCUCAAAUCAAAUGUUAUUGGUCGCAUACACAUGUUUAGCAGAUGUUAUUGGUCACAUACACGUGUU